GAGUGGGGCCACGUGGAGGCUUCAGAAGGGGUCGCUGAUAACACGCUCUCCUUCCUCCUCGGUCCUCACACCACCACCGGAAGCUCCGUCACAAUCACAACAAGAACACUGUCUGUCUCACCUCAAAAACCAUUCAACAAAAUUCCAAUUCCGUUCACUUCCAUGGAUUGUGAUUGCUCGCACCUCGAACACGAAGCUUCAUCAUCUUCUUCUAAUGCGUACAGGCUCCUGCUGCAAGCGCUCUCUCUCAUUCCGAUCUGGCAUUACAUGGUUGUUGCCGUCGUUGUUCUGAUCGCGUUUCUCUACAAUUUCAUCGAAAUUCAUUUCCUCGAAGACCUUCUCUCGGGAUUCUCAGGUUACCCUGUCGAAUUGACGUACAAUUCCUGCUCCAAAAUCUAUGAAGGCGUUGUUUCCAAGUGCAGGAUUCUUCACGGUAGGUAUUCGGCGACGCCGUGGCUUUCAAGUCCUCAUCUUCAGACCGUUUUCUUGAACUUCUUCGGGAGGCCUCCCGUUUUCAAAUACCGAAGACAACUAUUUAAUACUCCUGAUGGUGGAACCGUUGCUUUGGACUGGCUAAUGAGUUCUGAUGUUUCUGGUGGUGCUCUUCAUAUGGAUGAUGUUGUUUCUAAAGAUGAAUCUACUCCCAUUGUCAUAGUAAUUCCCGGUCUUACAAGUGACUCUUCAUCUGCUUAUCUCAAACAUCUUGCAUAUCAUACAGCAAAGCAUGGAUGGAAAGUUGUUAUCUGUAAUCACCGAGGACUUGGAGGUGUUUCAAUCACGUCUGAUUGUUUCUACAAUGCUGGAUGGACCGAGGAUGCUCGCACAGUAAUUAAUUAUCUCCACAAAGAGAACCCCAGGGUGCCUUUGUUUGUUGUCGGAACUAGUAUUGGAGCUAAUAUUCUGAUAAAAUAUCUUGGUGAGGAUGGUGAGAAUAUUCCUGUAGCUGGAGCUGUAGCUAUUUGCGGUCCUUGGGACCUUUUGAUAGGGGAUAGAUUUAUAACCCGUAGGCGUGUGCAGAGGUUUUAUGAUAAAGCACUUGCAAUUGGACUUCAAGGUUAUGCAAAAUUACACCAACCUCACUUUUCUCGUCUUGCUAAUUGGGAAGGGAUAGAAAAGUCACUUUCUAUUCGAGAUUUUGAUGACCAUGCCACCCGUAUUGUUGGGAAGUAUGAGACGGUUGAUACGUAUUAUAGACGCUGCAGCAGUUCUAUUUAUGUGCAAUCUGUGUCGAUUCCGCUUCUCUGUAUUAGUGCUCUGGAUGAUCCAGUCUGUACCAGGGAAGCCAUUCCCUGGGAUGAAUGCAGGGCAAAUAAAAAUAUUGUGUUGGCUACUGUAAAGCAUGGAGGACAUCUGGCCUUCUUUGAAGGGAUAACUGCAUCUGGCCUAUGGUGGGUAAGAGCUGCGAAUGAAUUCCUUGGUGUCCUACACUCUAGCCACUAUAUGCAUGUACAGAAGAAGAUCUCUAAACCAAACACACCAUUGAACUCGUCAAUUGAUCAGGGGCCUUAUGUUAAUGUUACUGAAGAUGGAAUGGUGGCUGCAUUGAACAAUGAGCCAACAACAGACAAUGUGGAAGAAAUAAAAGUAAUUCAGGAUACGCAUCAUGACAGUCAUGAUAGGAUUCCAGAAGAGAAAGCUAAAAAACAAGAUGAAGAGCUUGUGACUAAUGCAAAGAGUGGUGAUUCCUCUGGCAUUGCACAAACGACUAGUGCCGAUGAUGCCGUACGUCUUGAUGUAUUAACAUCUUUCAAAAGAUACGUAGGCCAGUUAUCUCGACAAAAUCGAUGGUCCAUUUGGUUGCUGGUUUAUAUUGCUAUUACUACAAGUUGGCCACUGGUCGGUUCAGCCCUAUACAUUGUGUUUGGGAAAAAGCUACGGGAUAUCUUACCAGGUGGUUUGGUCAGAAGAUAAUCUCAUGAUCGCAAAUAUUUUGUUGUAUUUGUCUGUGUAGAUGUAUAAUAAUGUGAAGAAACUGUAUUAGAUUUAUUUUC